AUGUCCAACCGAUAUUCAACCUGCACAGAUGACAAAGUUUGGCAGUGGCGAAAGGAACUUGAGGGGCAACUCCAGUCCUUGCACAAGGAAACCGACAAGCUCCGCCGUUUCGACUACUACAUAUUCCCACCAACUAUAUGGAAUCGAAUAGGCCUCCACACCACCGCGGUAUAUCUAUACAGACAAAUAUACGCCUUGAUCGCGUCAAACAAUUCCGUAUGCAAAAACGUGAUCAAGGUUCGGUUGGCUACAUGCCUCUCCCUCCGCAUGUCGACAGUCUUGUGUUGUGCCAGGAAAGCGCCCAAAUGGCCAAUUCAACACUGGGAAGCGUGCGAGGGUGUCACAAACAAACUUGGGUAUUUGUUUUGCCCGUUGGUAACCUGUCCAUUCGGCACUAUCUACGAAGAGAAGGAAGAGUUGAGGUCACACUUCUAUCGAGACCACUACCAUGUACACGGCCGCAGAGCGUGGGAAAACUGUCCUUCCCAGUGCGGCCAGCUUCUAUUGAAUUGCGGCCAGCCUUUGUUGAAUAAUUGCCAGCCCUGCCCGAAGUCGGAGAGCAUGGAACACUUUCUGAACCAUACUGUAAGCCACAUCACCAACAUAUCAUUCAGCGUCCAAAGAGCCUUUCUUUUCUGGAUGCAUGGCUGUGCCUUCAAGUAAUCUUUUAAGGCCUCUUAGCU